UUCCAGAGCGCGCCAUGGCAGGCGCAGUGGCGAAAUCUCCUGGCCGGGGUCUCGAUCAUCGCCAUCGCAAUGCUCGAUGGCGCGAAUCUAUGCCCUGGAUUUCCUCCACCGGUGAUGGCAGCAUAUACCCGGGCCGGGCAUCUCCAUCCAAUCGAAGAACACCGAUGAAUGAUGGUAGCGAUGGAUUCCAGGCAAAUCGAACGAUGCCAGCUCUGCCAUGUCAGGCGGGGAUCCGACGGCUCCGGCUGCCCGCCACGCCAGCAAAUAAGGCGGGUAGGGUUCCAAGCUCUAGGGUUUGGUGUGUGUGGGAAGAAGCUCUGUGUCGAGGGUACGAGGACGAUCCUCCCGCAAGAGAGCAGCCGCAGAAUGGGUCGGCCUAUGAUCGAGAGGGCGAGAGGGAUCGUCACAGCCGAGACAGGGAUUUCGGCGGCCGGGAUCGCGAGAGACGGCACCACCGGGACAGGGAAAGGGGCGACAGGGGCGGCGAGAAAGAAAAGGAAGAGGGCCGCUACGACAGGGACAGGGAUCACCACCACCGCAAGGGCGGCCACCACGAUCGCAAGCACCACAAGCGCCAGUCGAGAUCACACUCGAGGUCCCGCGGCAAGUCCCGCGAGCACGACCACUCGAGAUCGCGCUCGCGGUCCCGGUCGGGGUCCGAGGAUCGCCGGGCCAAGAGGGCGAGUGGAUUCGACGUGCCUCCGACCUCCACGACGCAGGUGCUCGCCAACCCCCCCGGCUUCUUCCCCGCGGUGAUGCCGCCGCUGGCGGCCUUUGCCAUGCCUCCGCAAACCAUGACCCAGCAGGCCACUCGCCACGCCCGCCAAGUCUACGUCGGCGGCCUCCCGGGCCUCGUGAACGAGCAAACCAUCGCCACCUUUUUCAACCAGGUGAUGGUGAAUGUCGGGGGCAACACCGCCGGCCCCGGGGACGUGGUCGUGAACGUCUACAUCAACCAGGAGAAGAAGUUCGCGUUUGUGGAGAUGAGGACGGUGGAGGAGGCGAGCAACGCCAUGGCCCUGGACGGGAUCAGCUUCCAGGGCGUGUCGGUGAGAGUGAGGAGGCCGAGUGACUACAACCCGUCGGUGGCGGCGAACCUCGGCCCCAGCCAGCCGAGUCCGAGCCUCAACCUCGCCGCCGUCGGGCUCACCCCCGGGGCCGGCGGCGGCGUUGACGGCCCCGACAGGAUCUUUGUCGGGGGCCUGCCGUACUACCUGACCGAGCCGCAGAUCCGGGAGCUGCUGGAGUCGUUUGGCCCGCUUCGUGGGUUUGAUCUCGUCAAGGACCGCGAGUCCGGGAACUCGAAGGGCUAUGGCUUCUGCGUGUACCAGGAUCCAAACGUGACGGACGUGGCCUGCGCGGCGCUCAACGGGCUCAAGAUGGGGGACAGGACUCUGACGGUGCGGCGGGCGACGGCAAACGGGCAGCAGGCCGGGCAGGAUCACGCUCACAUCCUCAGCCUCGCCAAGAGCUUGACGAUGAACGGCGUGUUCCCGGACGAGGGCGCGACGAGGGUGCUGUGCCUCAAGGAGGCGGUGCUGGAGGCGGAGCUCAUCGAGGACGAGCAGUUUGACGAGAUACUGGAGGACAUGCGCGACGAGUGCGGCAAGUUUGGGACGGUGCUCCACUUGGUGAUACCGCGGCCGUCACAGGCGGCGGAGGUGGACGGCGUGGGGAAGGUUUUCGUGCACUUUGAGGAUACCGGCGCCGCGACGCGGGCGAGGAUAUCGCUCAACGGCAGGAAGUUUGAUGGGAGGGCGGUGGUGGCGACUUACUACCCGGAGGAACAGUUCAUGGUGGGGGAUUUCAGUGGUUGAGUCGAAGAGGAUGGUCUGGUCGACAAGCACAGGCACAGGCUACACACUCGAGAGAGGCAGAAGGGGAAAAGCUCGUUUUGGUCGGCUGGUUUUGUUUCUUGGGUCUUGCAAUGAUCGAGCGAGACUAUGGUUCGUGAGAUGGAAUUCAAGGGGUACCAGCCGGGCUGCUCUUGUAGUGUUCUCACGGUUAUCUUUUUUCUCUCUUUCGUUA